AUGUCCCUGCAGGAGCAGCACGCUGAGCAGCCUUCUCACCAGACUCAGGGCACCAGCACUGCGAACGCGGCACCCACUCGUUGCCAACCUUGCCAAGAGGCUAGGAGGAAACCGAAUUAUGGCCACCGAGUUGCUGCCCUUUUCGAGCCUCUGUACUGCACAGAGUGCUAUGCCGACCACCCCGCCAUCUUUUUCUCCGAGUCUCAACGCAAGGCAUCCGACUCUGUUCGUAUUUGUAUCGGCUUUGAAGGCUACUGCACUGUUUGCCCCCAUCUGAAGUUCUCUCUUCAAGAUUCGCGAAACUGGGUUGAAGACCCUCGGAUCAAGCAGAAUGGAUGCCUUACUAUGACAUGCCGGGAGACGUCAUGCAAAUUUGAUCAGGUGGCGAUUAAACACGAUCGUAUAAUGAAGGGCGGCGGUUAUUCUAUUCAAUGGUCUUCACCUCUAGACAUAGACAGUACUGACAUUCGCACCCGUCGGGAUGGCUGCUUAGCCAAGCUUAAGGACUUGCACACCUUUUUCCCUGGAGCAUUCUGCCCUCAUCUACAGACCACUCCCGAUCGACUCACCCGCUUAAAGUCAUUUACAUUAGGCGACCCUUGCCAUCGGCCCGCGCAACAGAAAAUGACGUGCCGCAUUUGCUAUACCGAUAUCCUCUGCGACCCGCUGGCUAAGGACUCCGAUCCACCACCCACCAAUCCGUUCUCCAGCAAACAUUGCUCGAUCGAAAGAACUUGCUGGUGGAGUCUCGAAAAAGGCGGUGCCAUACAGCAGGCAUGGACUAGCAAGCUCAACCCAGACAGCUAUGGGCAUUUCGUCGACCAAGAUACUAAACACAUCACCUGGUGCGACGAUCGCCGAUGCACCACAACUUUCGAGCUCAUUCAAUACGCAAGUCUCUUACAUUUGGGAACGAAUCAGCUAGAUAGGGUGAGAGAGGCUCUUGAGCGGGAUCCGCCUUACGGGGUUUACCUUAUGGACCAUAAAACCAAUGGGGAGAUCCACCUAAGUCUGGGGAUUUGA